CUACAUCGAUUGCUGUCCCGAUUUAACCAAGAAGAUAUUUAAAAACCCAAGGUGAAGGUUAAGCCGCAGAUAGCGUCAUAUUAAGUCGAGAAGUGGCUAGCGUCUCUCUGAUAAUGGAGAUCCAAAAUACCCUAAUCUACUUCAUUCUCAAAGUGCAUCUACAGCUAUGAGUGGCAUUGUUGAGUCCUGUCCUGGGAAUUCUACAGGAUUUGCUGAAGCGUCGUCCAGACUGAACUGUGGUCGGGAUCAGUAUGGGAAUGAUCAGUACAUCUGUGUCCCUAACUACAAUAAGACGGCCCUCGUGGAGUUUUGUUAUGAUGGAAUUAUGGGGUUCAGACAAAGAGGUAAUUGUUUGGAAGUCAGCGAAGGAGAACUUUUUAAAAGAAGUUGUGCAGGGUUUGUUGAAGGCUGUCCAGAGACGCAUUUCAAGAUUAAUACAAUAUACAAAUAUCCCGCCUGCCUGACAAUCAACACAGACUACAAAUGCUAUAUUGCUGACCCGUCUUGUCCAAAUAAAACAUGGGAGUUCACUACAGAGGACACCUGGGGAAGCUCUAUAACAAGCUUCGAGACGACCUUCUCUAACACAACAGAGAAAUAUGACUCUACAACGCUACCUACAAACGCCGUACCUGUUGGGGCGAUUGUUGGAGGACUGGUAGCUUUUCUGGUCAUCAUUGGAAUUGUAAUAGGAUUCGUUGUCUGGAAAAGGAGAAAGAAACGGAAGAGAACAGGCAAUACAGAGGAGGCGGGGGUGGAGUUGUUAGAGAGACGUCAUUCAAGACCGUCUGAUGACGACAUUGGAGAAAGACAAAAUCUUGCAAACUUACAAAAUGAAAGUGGAUCGCUCGUCAACAAUGCUGCAGGUGUUUCUGAAUUUACACUUACAGAUGAGGUAUCUGAUGGCACACCACUUACAAUACAUGCUAAGACUGAGACGGAAACUGACACACUGGUGUAUGACGUUAUCCCUGUGUCCGAGUGGGAGGAAGGGAGGAAGAUGGAAGUACUUGGUGAUUACAGCGUAUGGAAAACAGAGAUAUCAGACCAGUUCUCCUUCCUGUCUGAUGACGAGUUGGCCGUGUUAUUUAUUUGUCUGUAUUUUAACUCCGGUACCCCCAACUUUACUGAUACAGACGGGCGGGACAUUCUUAAUCAUAUACGAGCGAAGAUGUGUGGUAAGAAUCAUGUAACAAGUGAGGAGGCAGAGCGGAUUCUGGACGGACUGAAGUCACGUGGAUUUCUUUGGGAUCAGGACGGAGUAGACAUCACUGAGGACGCCAAGGACGAGACCAUGUACCGUGUUAUAGGACGUGAUAUAGAACGUAAUUAUUUAGAUCAUCUUGUUACACUGAUCCCCGUGUAUCAUUUAUUCAGUUAUACUACAGCAGUGAGGUAUCUGAGAUCACAGAGAUACACCAGGAAGUCUGGAGAGAAAUGUGUCAUUAUUGACGCCUCGUUCUAUGAUUCCGUACUCAUACGCCGUCUACAGAUGAACAUACUGACCCACGUCACCAUGGAGGACACGAGUAUCUGUGAUAAAGUGUCACAGACAUUGAGCAUCCCUCUAGAUAAAGUACGCAUGACUGAGAGUGAACGAGGAGCGUUUUUAGAGGACUUACAGAAGACCGGAGAGUGUGUACAAUCACAGGGCAGUGUACAACACGUCAAAUGGCUCUGGAUACUAGACCAUGAAGCGAGACCUGACAUCGUGAGAUCCUGUAUAGGUCCCCACCCACACUGGGAUAUUUACAUCAUCAACAACACGGCUUACAGAAAGCACAGUAAAUACCAUGACUACUCAACAAACGACAAAAUCAGGCUGUACUGCCUAUUAUUGGCUGAUGGUUAUAUGUUGAAUGUCAAAGAGGAUUCCUACCAAAGCAACUUCAAUAAGAUCAAAGAAAGGUAUUUUGGCGAAAAUACCAAAUCUGAUCAUGAGACAGGUGAACCUCUACCUGAUGGAAUCAUAAAAAGACAGGAUGUAAUAACGUUUGCCUCUGACGACAUCCGACAUGACGUCAUGUACGCGUUCGUUACGGAGUGUUUGGUGGAGGACAGUGAUCUGGAGUUUUUCCUAACCACGGCGUCACCUCAGGUGAUAUCAGAAUACUGUCGGUCGUGGGAUUAUAAGAGGAGUGAUGGAGAGAGAUGUCUGUAUAUACCGCUGGAGAUGUACGAGCUAUUCAUAAUCAGACUACAGCUGGACAUCCUCACACACUGUACCGUGUCAGACAGGAAGAUUCAUUACAUUGUCAAUAUAUGUUUGGGAGUCCCUGGAGAAAUACUGGACUGGGACCAAGAGGCCAGAGAGCGGUACGUGGAGUACGCCAAGAGAGGAACACAGACCGUCCACCACGCCAGGGGGAUGAUCGUAGGAUGUGCCGGGGCCGGCAAGACCACGCUACUGAAACGUCUGCUCGGGUGUAGUGACGCGGAGAUACGGGGUGUGAGGUCAACGGAAGGACUGGAGGUCCACGAGGAGAUAUUCCAAAUAUGUGAAAAAACGAAAACAUUAAAAGCCAAGACAACGCCGGGCGGUGGUGAAGAAAUAGGGAAUAAUGCUGGUCAGAAGACCUUGAGUAUGUUUGACUUUGGAGGACAGUGUCCGUACUACGCCUGUCAUCAGAUUUACCUGACCAGAAGAGCUUUCUACAUGGUGGUUGUGGACGCCUCUAAACGUCUGGACCAGGUGGUGGAUAAGGAAGUGUGUGACCAGAUGGGCACCGUAUUCUCUGGGUGGACGUACAAAGACUAUUUUGUCUUCUGGAUAAAGUCUAUACACACCUACUGUGGGACAGAAAAGGAGGGCGAACCAGAUCCCGAAGUCAUAAUUGUGGCAACGCACUGGGACAAGAAUGUCUAUCAGGGUAAGCAAGAUAGCUUAGUAACCAGUUUGCAGUAUCUGUUUCCAUCAAAUUCUACCUUGGGGACAAAGUACAUCAGAGACGACAACAUUUUCCUCACCAAGUUUUCACAGGAAUCUCCGUUAGAAAUAUUGUCCGAUCUAGAGAAGCAUAUUGUUGACAUUGUAUGUAAAAAUAGAUGGGCUGAAAACAUUCCAAAAGAAUGGGCUUUCAUGGAAAUUGAAAUCCCCAAAAAGAAAUCCGCACAAAGAAUAGAGGAUAUUGAUAUACUAUCCAUUAAAAUGCCGAAAAACGAAACAGUACGUAAGAAUUUCCUGAGAAGUAUGAAAUGGGUAUUCACUAACAUGCCAAUGGAAUUUCAAAAAGCAGUACACGAUAUGCUUAGAUACUAUCAUGAUGCUGGGAAAAUCCUGUACUUUAACGAGAUGGCACUGCAGAAGUUAAUAAUCAUUGAUGUACAGUGGUUUGUCGACGCAUUUAAGAACAUCAUCACGGACAAACUACACAGGAAAGGAAUCGGGGGGUCCAUGGAUGAUUGGAACGAGUACUACCUGACAGGACACCUCAAAGACAGUCUCCUUACAGAUGUCUGGAGGAAGAAAGACCGGGAUCUGCACAGAGAAUUACUGGAGAAAGGCAGGGCAGCCAUUGACGAUGACGUAUCAAAGGACCCUCAGUAUCUACUCCCUCACAAAGACGAGAUUCUCAUGUUUAUGAACAGACUGGGACUAAUAGCCGUCGGUGAGGAGUCUCAUUAUGUACCAUGCAUGAACCGGCAAGAAGUAGAUAGAGAACUUACAAGCAGAAUUUCUGGAUCAAACGAGAAAUCUUUCGUUCUUCUUUUUCAAUUUGACUUUUUGCCUUAUUUUCUGUUCUAUCGGCUUGUUGUUUCAUGUAUGCAGAUGGGUACUUGGGAAGUACUUAGGAGUAAAGGUAAACCUUGUCUCUACAGAAAUAUGGCUCUGUUUUCCUUUGAUGAACAUUACAUCGCAAUCGCUGUUACAGAAACCACAAUUCAACUCCAGGUAUAUUACUCAGUGCCUGACGGAAUGCUGGAAGUUGAGAAAACCUUGGGUAUUCAAAGGAUAAUAGAGGGGAAAAUGAAUGAAAUCACACCUUCGUUCGGUAGAGGAAUGAAGUUUGUUAGAGGGUUCAUUUGCAAAACCGGAAAUGAUUUGUCGAAAACAAUGAACAUUGAGGGACAUUUCAUUUCGGAAUUAACAUUGGAAAAAAAAGAGAAGAUGGUUUGUCCUUUACAUCAAGGGACAGACCUUCACGUCAUCAACACGAACGAAAUGACAAAAUACUGGGAAGUACAGAGUAAAUAACAUUUAAUGUUGAGUUGACUUCAUAGAAUGUAUGGUGGGUUUACGUGACAUUGCCGUGAAAUUGAUGACUUUGAAAUCAACACCCUGUUCAUAGAACAACAUAAUGCCAGGAUUGUAAUAGUGGUCAUAUUACAAUCGUAUUAUCACUCGGUAUAUAGUCUUCUGAUUUCAACAUUUUAGCGCCACAUUGCAGCAUAUAUCUCUGUUUAUGACCGCAUAUAACAAAUAAAUAUGUUUCAUCAUAUGGUAACGCAUAUAAAUACAGAAAGUAAUGUUAUGACGUAUGUAUCAACAUGUAUCAUUCAAAUAUUAGCAACAAAAUAUGUUUAACAUAUUUACUCCUUUAUAUCAACGUAUAGCUUUUGGAUAAUACAGGUCUUUAAUUUAGUUAUGAUUAUGUAAAUCGUAUAUCAUCGAGAUUGAUUCAGGCAGUGUGUCUAUUUCACAAAAUGCCUAUGACGUAAAUUACGUUGACACAAUUCAAGGUCAAAUAUUAUCAAUUGAUAUGAAUUCUAAACGUUGUUUGAAAUACGAAAUGGUUCAUAUGUUUGAUUUAAUUUCCAUGAGUUUGUUUUGUUUGAUAUUCCAAGGAUUUGCACAGACUAAUAAACAUAUAAUCAUCA